AUGGCAAACGGAACUGAUAGACUCAAAGCCUUAAAGCUGCUGCUAAUCCUUAGUGGAGUGCUCCUCGGCAGUGAUGGCGCUCCCACUGAUGCCGAAAGCCAUGCGGCGACAGAGCAGCCAAUCGUGGAGUCACGUUCCCAGAAACAGGAUCACGACAUUUUAGAGCUCGAGGAGGACUUGGAUGGACGCAGCGCCUACGUCAACAAUCAGUUUGUGCCCAGCGAUCCAGUUGAAUUGUUGGACGACGAGCAGAAUACGCCGCUCUACGAGAUACUGCAGAAGCAAAUGGAGCAAGUGCUGGCAUCAAGUGGACCCGACGUGCCCAUCUAUGAGGAUGACAAGACGAAGCGCCAGCGCGUUCAGCCGCCGCCCAACAAGCCGAUCUUCACCAGCAGCAAUGCAGCCGAUGCGGAUGAUGACUACAUGGACGAGAUCGCGCCAGAGCCGGAGGAGAGCCAAGGCAAUGCAGAGAAACCAGAUGCUGCAUCAGCAGCUGUCGAGGAGCUGCCCGAUCAGUCAGGCUAUGAGCCGCCGCUGCUCCCCAGCUCCACGCAGCCGCCGAGCAGCACCACCACCGCACGUAUUCGUCCACAACGCCGACGCACCACCACACCGACGCCACGAACAACUCGAGCCAGGGCAAGCACACACACAAAAUUGACCACCUCGGCGCCAGUCAAUCAUACAGAGCUGCUGGCAACGACGACAACCCCAGCGCCAGUUGGAUCCAACAACAGGCCGCGGCCGCAGCCGAAGCCCGGCAUCAGUCCGAGCAACAUGGUGCCACACGAUCCACACAUCUACCAGCACAAGCGCCGCAUCAUCUUCAAGACGAUCUCGACUGGGUCCCAGUUCGUCAACUCGCCCAUUGGCGAUCUCAUGAUCAAGUUCUCCAUAGGCUUUGCCAAGCCAGCAUCAAGCAUGGGCGUGGCUCAGCCUUCGAGCGAGGCACUGCGUGCGCUCUCCCAGAACCUGAUGCGCAGCAUCGAGAUGCAGAAGCUAAGGAGAAUCAAUAAAACUCAAAGGCAUUAA